ACUUCCGGGUUAGAGGCACGCGCGUGUGUUAGAGGGGUCAGCCGGCAAGUUGUCAGGGCUAUGCGGUGUCACUACGAGGUGCUCGGGGUCCGCAGGGACUGCACUGACGACGACCUGAAGAAGGCGUACAGGAAGCUGGCCCUCAGGUGGCAUCCAGAUAAAAACUUGGACAACGCAGAGGAAGCGUCAGAGCAGUUCAAACUGAUCCAGGCGGCCUACGAUGUGAUCAGCGAUCCCCAGGAGAGGGCUUGGUAUGAUAACCACAGAGACGCUCUGCUGAAGGGCGGCGUGGACGGCGAGUACCAGGACGACAGCUUGGAUCUGGUCCAGUAUUUCACAGUCACCUGUUACUCCGGUUAUGGAGAUGAUGAGAAGGGCUUCUACGCCGUCUACAGACAUGUCUUUGACCUGAUUGUGAAGGAAGAACUGGAUAGCAAGAUAAACGAUGACGGCGAGGAAUACCCAACGUUUGGAGACUCUCGGAGUGAUUAUGACACGGUGGUGCACCCGUUCUACGCCUACUGGCAGAGCUUCUGUACAGGGAAGAACUUUGCUUGGAAAGAAGAGUACGACACGAGGCAAGCCUCCAACCGAUGGGAGAAGAGAGCCAUGGAGAAGGAGAACAAGAAAACGCGGGACAAAGCCCGAAAAGAGCGCAAUGAGCUCGUCCGGGAGCUGGUGGCCUUCAUCAGGAAAAGAGACAAGAGGGUACAAGCCCAUAGGAAACAGCUAGAGGAGCAAAACGCUGAGAAAGCCAAGAAGGUGGAAGAGCUCCGAAGACAACAGAAGCUGCAGAAUGCAAAGCUGGCCGAGCAGUACAAGGAGCAGAGCUGGAUGGCCAUGUCUCAGCUGGAGAAGGAGCUGCAGCAGAUGGAGGCUCAGUACGACAAGGAGUUUGGAGACGGCUCAGAGGACGAUGAGGAGGAGGCAGAAGAUCAGCAAGAUGGACGAGCCAGCGAUGAGAUAGAUGAAGAAGUACUGUACGACGACCUUUAUUGUCCGGCAUGUGACAAGGUGUGCCAGACCGAAAAAUCGAUGCGGAAUCAUGAAAAGUCUAAAAAACACCGGGAGAUGGUCGCCCUGCUGCGGCAGCAGCUGGAGGCAGAGGAAGAAGGGUUCAGCACCUCUGUUGGAGAAGAGAACGGUGUAGUGGAGGGAGAAAACCAAAUUAUUUCUGAGGAAGAGGAGGAGAAUCUAGAGGAAACCUUAAAACCUAAGCUUAGUAAAAAGCAAAAGAAGAAGAAGCAGAAAUCUUCCAAGACGUCUGAUGAAAGCUUGAUGGUGGAGAGUGAUAAAGAAACGAGUCCAGCAGCCAAACCCGCAGAGAAUGAAGCAGAGCUGAACGGUGUGACGGAGCAGCAAGAGGACCUUGUACCAGACGCAGACAACACGACAGCCGCUACUGAGGGGAAACAGCCAACAACAAAGCCGAAGGGGAAGAAAGCAAAAGAUUUGAAGAAAGCCGCGAAGAUGGCAGCAGCCCAAGAAAUCCCAGAGCAGCAGACCGAACAGUCCCUAAAGUGCAACACCUGUGGGACCGAGUUUUCUACUCGCAACAAACUGUUCACACACCUGAAGAACACGGGCCACGCGAUGGCAGUCAGUAACGCCCCCACAAGCGUGGUGGCGGCGGCGGCAGCGACCAGAUCCAAGAAGGACAAACGGAAAAAUAAAUGACCUAAAAUAGAGGAACUGAGCUGGACUGAUGACUGCAGCGCUGCGUGCAGGGAACGGCGCAGGACCGUAAAACUUACCGCACAAGCCUCAGACCACCCACCAAUGCAUGGGAUUUAUUAAGCUGGUCUUUCUAAUGCACAGUUUUGGGGGUAAUGUCAUUUGAAGCCAUGCCAAUGGAAGAACCUGGCGUGAACAAACCUCCCCUCAUCAUCAAAAACAUGGAAUCUGCCAAGUGUGUCAGACAUGCGGACGGUGGGACUCUAUGUGCCGCUACAUGAAAGCGUAGACUUUCCAUGCCACCUCGAUGGAUAGAUCACUACGUCUAUAUACUAGUGUAUUGGAAAUGAUACUUUAAAGGCUAUGUGCACCUUCAGGGGAAGUUUUUGUUAUUAUUAUUGUUUUGCAGUUAUUGUCGGCUAAAUAUCAUUUUCCUAAUAGGUUUUCAUUGAAAAGUUUUCUCCGUUUGUCUUCUUUAGCUGCUUUUGUUUCCCACACGUGCACUGCAGGCCGGUGUGUCCUCUGUAGCUCUUAUCUCAGUUCUCCACUUAUUUAAGCUUAAAUCUUCAUUAAACCGACCAUACUUCAACGUAACUGACAUUAUAACCACUGAGGAGAAGAGACGCGAGCGGCAUAGUGAGCGGUCACACAGCGUCUCCGCGCAGGGGACAGGGCAGCCUGCAGCCAGUGUAGGAAAGCAAGCAGCUAUAGAGGACAAACGGAAUGAACGUUGUAGGCUACUUUCACACUGGCGUUUUGGCUUUCCGUUUGUGAGACCCGUUCAGGGCUCUCACACGCGGUCCAAAACGGGUCAGUUUGGCCCUAAUGCAUUCUGAAUGGAAAAGGAUCCG